AUGGAUGAUAGAGUAAGAUUAAAAGUGUAUUAUCAUGGUCAAACUUUAUUACAAACAUCAGAAGAAGUAAAAUUUGUGUGUGAAAAUCCGUUAGAUAUUAUUAUUCCAUUCACACUAUCAUUUGAAGAAUUAAAAGGUAUCAUUUGUGAGAAGAUGGAUUCUCAAAUAUCUAGGAGAGUGUCGUUUAUUCUGUACAGAUAUUUUAUAUCUGUCUUUGGUGGGUUCCUGCAAUUUCAAACGAAAUACGUGACCGACGAAGCGAGCAUGCAAAAAAUAUUUUCAGUGUAUCUUGAAAGUCGGUCGCGAAUAUCGUUCAUUGAACUGUAUAUCGAGUUCGAGCAAUCUGCAGCGGACCGAGAUAUUGAAUUGGAAGAUUACAACAGUGAUAGUGAAGAAGAGUUCGAAAGUAACUACGAGGUCGUUGAUCCGGGUGUAGACAAAGAUCAAGCUGACGAGGCUUUGGUGGUAGAUGUGGCGGAUGUGGCAAACGCACUAGCAAACCAACAGCCGUUUGUGGAGCCAAGUUUCAUGCGGUCGUUGGAUUUGGAGGCCAUGCAUGCACCGAAGUUUCCUCAAUACGUAAAUGCAGCAGAGCUUUCCCUUAUGCCAGAUGGUGAAUUUACCGUGGAAAUGGAAUUCAGUUCUAGGGAGGCAGUAAUUAAGGCGAUGAAAGAUUAUACAAUCCACAGAGGUGUAGAUUAUCGGGUGCAUAAGUCAGAACCGACUACAUUCUAUGCUAAAUGCACCCAGUAUGGUACAGGAUGUGAUUGGCUGAUCAGGGUGAGCAAAAUGUCCAGAAAGUUCUGUUGGGAGAUAAGGAGGUACAAUGGUAGUCACACAUGUACUAGAGAAAGAUUCGAGGAUUGCUUGGAAUCGGUGCAAUGA